AUGCGGCUGUCGUAUGGCCACGGGCGCUCCCCGCGCCUUGGCCAACGACGUGGCACCGUUUUCACACUCUUCACAGCUCUCUCGCCCGUGAUGGCAAACGCAGCCAAUCUCGUACCAGCCCCCCUAGCCAAUCUCGACUUUUCCGACCUUGGCCAGAUUGGCAUUGCUGGUGAUUUUGGUGGCAUUUCUCUCUACCAAUAUGUUGGGCAGGGCGGCCAGACUCGCAGUGCCAAUGGAAGCGAAGCCCUCCUCUCCGAGUUGCCAAACGGUGCUCUAGUGCCUGCUGUCCAAACGGAUGCUGCAAUCCGUGCCAUGUGUCUCUACAAUGCUACCGAAAGCAAAACAAAGGGCCUUAUCAUUGGUGGUAAUUUUACAUCUCUCGGCGGGAACCAGUCUAAGGCUAUCGGCGUUUACGAUAUCGACGCCGGCAAGGUCAUGGCCCUCAAUGGUCUCGAGGGCGAGGUCAAUGCCAUUCUCUGCGACGAUGCCACUGACACCGUCUAUAUUGGCGGUAACUUCAAGAGCGGUAACUCGACAAACGCCGUCGCCUGGAACGCUAAGGACGGGUUCAAGAAUUUGCCGUUUGUCGGUUUCAAUGGUCCCGUCAAAGCCAUCACCAAAAUGGAGAACGGCCACAUUCUUUUCGGCGGAAGUUUUACGGGUCUUGGAAAUUACAACACUACGGUUGACAGUUGGCGCGACUCACAGACUAUUAACCUGGCAACUGCCAAAAUUAACGCCCAGGGAAGCUCUUCUAGAGCCGGCUUCAGCGACCCUGCCAACGUGGCUUGUUCCAGUGGCUCCGACGCCCAAGGCAGCACCUGGCUUCUUGAGGACGACACUCCCGGAUACUGGGAGGCUCAGUUUGGCUUCGGUUUCGAGCCCACCAAGAUCCGCAUCUGGAACACGCAUGUUGCCAACUAUGGAACCAAGACCUUCAAUAUCCAGACUUUUCCGAAUGACCUGAUUAACAUUAUGAACAUGAGCUACGUCGACCCUAACACUGGCCAAAACGCGACCUGCGACCGUCUUUGCCCUCUCAGCAACGACCCCAAGGUCCAGUUCCAGGACUUCCAAUUUGUCAAUCUUGUUGGUAUGGACAAAAUUCGCAUCGAUAUUUUGGACUGGUGGGGCAACGCAGCUGGUCUUGCAGGCGUCCAGAUUUUUGAAAACAAUGUCUUCUCCUACGCUAUCAACGAAUUUAAUGAACCCAAGUGUCGCGCUAAGUCUGGCUCUGUCUCUUCGGCAUCUGCUACUGGACCCUGGGAAAGGUCGCCAUCUCACCAAAGCAACGCUGAAUACCUCCAGGCUAAGAUCGCUGUCGAUGGCGGCCAUCUAGGCUCAAACGCAUCUGUCACAUUCUACCCUAAUGUUCCGAAGUCCGGAAACUACUCCAUCAAUCUCUAUACCCCUGGCUGCAUCGCUGACGGCACAUGUACCAACCGCGGCCGAGUCUAUGUUUCUGGCUCCAUGUCUAGUACUACAACCCAGCCCGAUUUCGAGACGCAGCUGUUCCAGACAAACAACUUUGAUAAAUACGACCAAAUCUACUUCGGCUUUGUGGAAAAAACGUCCGACAAAUUCCAACCCAGUGUGACUUUAAGCCCUACCGUCGAUCAAACCGUUCAAGACCUCGUCGUUGUCGCCCAACAGGUUGGCUUCACUCUCAUCAACUCCGUCGGCGGCCUCAACGGGCUAUUUGACUUUGAUCCCAAGGGUCCUGUUCCCGAUGAGAGCACUCUCGACAGCUCUUCCAUCAACAAGCUUGGCUACAGUUUCGACAAAGAGUCUGGUGUCAAAGCUCUUACCGCCUCAUCCGACACCAUUUACAUUGCUGGCAACUUCAGUUCUCAAAACCACAAGAACAUUGUGGCCAUCUCUGGCGAGGGUGGUGAAGCCAAGAAUCUGGAUGGCGGCUUGAAUGGUGGAGUUAUGAGCAUGCACGCUGAAAACAAUAAGCUUUACGUCGGCGGAUCUUUUUCCAACACGCUUGCCAACGAUACCAAGGGCCUCAGCAAUGUCGCAGUCUACGAUCCUGAUAGUGACACCUGGACUCCCCUUGGCGCUGGCCUCGAUGGUUCUGUCAACUAUGUCGUUCCCCUUCGCAUUAAUACGACUGAAGGCAAACCGGAAACAGUUAUCGCGUUCACCGGUGCGUUCAACUAUUCAAAUGGCUACGGCAACGUCCAAUCAUCCCGGGUGGAUGGCUUUGCCAUCUGGGUGCCUUCGCAGAAUAUUUGGCUGCACAAUUCGGAACAAAAUGUCCCAAGCUAUAGAGGCACACUAACUGCUUCGUACCUGGACCUUGACGGCAGCAAUUCCGUUCUCGCUGGAUCCCUUGACGUCUCUACACUCGCGGUCGAUGGUGUUGCCAGUCUUACAUCCAAUGGCCUCGGGAAAUUCCCCGCAAAGAUAGAUUCUAAAACACCUUCACCCAGCAAGCGACGACGAAGCAUUCUGCAAGGCGGCGAUGUGGCUGGUGUCGCCACCGGAGCUUUCUAUGAGAACGACAAGGAAAGCCUUACUAUUUUGGCCGGCCACUUUACUGCACGAGGGCAGAGCAACGGUUCAGCCAUCCACAAUCUGGUCUUUAUCGACGCCAAGAAAGGCAACCAAACGAGUGGCCUCUUAGAUGGUAUCGAUGACAGUUCGUCGUUCUUAGCGACGGAUAUUUGGAAGAAUAUUUUGUUUGCUGGUGGUCUGGUUUCUGGGACCGUCAAUGGAAUGGAAGCAAAUGGCAUCAUUGGAUGGGAUCUCGAUGCUAAGAAGUUCUCCCACCAACCCGCUGGUCUCACAGGCGGUGACGGAGUUGUCACUUCCAUUGCCAUUCGGCCUAGUGGUGGCAAUCAAGUAUUUGUUGGCGGCUCAUUCGACAAGGCGGGUGCUCUGGACUGCCCUGGUCUUUGCAUUUUCAACAUUGAUGAUGACCAGUGGACCAGGCCGGGCACCGUUGUGACCGGCCGGGUUACUGGAUUGCAAUGGGUCAGCACUGAUUCUAUCCUCGUCGCUGGCGACUUGGCCGCUAGCUCGAGCGGCUCUAAGCCUCUGGCGUAUUACAACCCAGUGAAGCAGACGUGGACUGACUUUCCUCGCAUCGACGAAAUUCCUGGUCCUGUUGAGGUCCUCACGCCAGCAAGCAUGGACCUCACGCAGUUCUGGAUUGGUGGGAAAUCACUCAAAGACAACUCGACCUUCUUGAUGAAGUGGGACGGAAGCACAUGGCGCUCUGUUGAGCAAAAGCUCCCCAACAGCACUGUUUUACGCAGUAUUCAAGUAUUCCGCCUUACCGAACAACAUGAUCGCGCUGCUCUGCUCGAAUCUGACCAAGCUCUCAUGAUCACUGGUUCCAUCGACCUGCCUCAGACUGGCUCCGUAUCGGCUUGCCUGUUUAAUGGCUCGCAUUACCAACCCUAUGCGCUGACGACAAGCAACAACCAAGGCACAAGCAGCAUUGGCAAAAUCUUUUCGCAGAGACCUAACAAGAUUGGUCAUAGCAGACAUAUGCCGCUAGUCUUUGUCGUUCUCAUCGGGUUGGCCAUUUCGCUGGCCCUUAUCUUGCUCAUGGUUGUCGGUGGCGUCGUUCUUGACCGUCUCCGAAAGAAGCGCGAGGGCUACGUCCCUGCGCCGACCUCAAUGCGUGACCGUGGAAGCGGCAUCCAGCGGGUUCCACCGAGAGAACUGCUCGAGUCGCUAGGUAGAGUUCGUCCUGGUGGCUCGCCUGCGGUAUAA